GGCGACCCCCAAGGCGGCUGGCGCCCAGCCGCCCGCCCGCGGCCGCGGCCGCGGCCGUGGUGGCCGGGGCCGCGCCGACGACGCGAAGGCGGAGCCGCCGGCGGCGGAGGUCAGCGGCGCCGCGCCUGGGCUGGAGGACGCGUCCCUCGACAGCGUCGCGAGGGGGACAGGCGGAGUCGGCGCGAGAGGCGUGGCGGCCGGCGCUGUCGCAGCCAGCCUGGGUGGGAGCCUCGGCAGCGUCGACAGUCUUGUCACGGACGAGGGGUCGCCUUCCUCGGUGCGGUCGCAGUCCAGGCAGGCCCCUGGUGCGACUGCCAGCAGCUCAAGCGGAAUCACGCAAAGCAUGAACAACUCUCUGAUGAGCCGCGUCACGGCGGCCAAGCAGAUGAUCGUGGGCCACCAGGACAUGGGCAACGUCGGCACGAGCCUUCCGCUGCCGCUGCCUUCGCGCGAACAGACGGACGUCAGCCUGACGUCAACGAUCGCGCCCUUCGAUAACGAUACCAGCCAGGCGUGCCUGAAUACAGCUAAGACGCACGGCCCAGUUGGAUUCAACAUCUUCCAGUUGGACUUGCACGGCAACCCCGCGAAACGGGCCCACGCGAAUCUCAACGAGCUGAACUCUCUGAUCGACGUGGUCUACCAGAACGGAUUCAAGGGCAAUUUCCCCUCGGCUUUCACGGCGACGGUCAGCAUCACGGACCCUGCCGUUCCCAUCGCGGAUAUGUUCGGCAGCUUGGUGACGGCCUCCCCCCCCGAGAUCAUCUGGGCCGUCAUCAUCGGAUCGGCCAAGCUUCUCGAGACCAGCCCCACGCCGGAGCAGGUGGCCAUGCUGAAGCGCGCGCUGAUCACCUUCCCAGUCACCUUCAACGUCGUCGACGGAGGAAUGGACUCGUACUGGGCGGCCCAUGGGUUGCGCGAGAGCAUCGCCGGCAUGGGUGGCGCGGUCAAGCGCACGGCAACGCAGAGAUUCUUCGACGUCACGGAGAGCAAGGAUGUGAUCGAGACCUCUGUCGGGCAUGAGGUGGGCGCGCAGAAAACGGCCAAGAUGUGGGCCGAGAAGGUAUCCAUGGCACCGAGCUCAGAGAAGAUUUCGGACACGUACGUGGACGCUUGCUUUAUUGUGGGGGCCAGGCUCAUGAACAACCCCUAUGCGCAGAAGAUCGCGGUGGAGGCCGACUCUACUGGGGUGACGCCUUUCGACAGCAUUUACAAGUACGAGGCAGUGGUGAAGAGGGCGCAAUCGAGUAGCCUGAUCCACUGGUGCACUGCUGGGCUGCUGGACCUGGUGACCUCCAAGAUGACAUCGGCGGGUGAAAUCAGCCUUCGCCAGCUGACUGGUCGGGGACUCCCAGGGGGGAAAGGACUGCUAGACCUGCUGAUUGCCAAGAACGAGCUCGGGCACUGCUUCAUCACGAAAUUUCGGGCGAUGGGUCUCAACGCAGGGGCGCUCCAACGGAUGGAGGCAUGGUCAGUCGGGCACGACGCGUGCCGCACCAUGGUCGGGUACAAGGCUGGCGAGAAGGACGUGUCCUGGCGCACCGCUAUGAAGCAAUCCUCUAAGUUGGCCAUUUCCGUCUUCGAGGAGUGCCUUUUCAAGGUGGACUACGAUUUGCAGAUCAAGCAGCAGAAGAUCCAGGGCUCGCCGGUGGGGGAGAUUCUCGACAGGUCCCCGUUGAAGGAGAAGAUCGACGCCAUCUACACGGCCCUCGUGGCGGAGGGAGACGCUGCGCCGCAGGAUGACGCCACCGAAGUCACGAUGCAGGACCUCGUGGACUCCGACGAGGAGGAUGAGUUCACAGGGGACCCGAUCAAGAGCAAGCUGACGGAUCCCAAACUGCAGGAUGCGCUGAAACCCUUUUCGAACUUCGUGAAGAACAGAUACAGCCGAGUUGUGAAGCUCAUCGUGGACCCUGGCUCCCCUACAGGCGUGGCGGAAGCGCUUUCAACGUGGUGGAAGGGGCUCGAUAUGGAGCUUGGCAGCGACCAGAACGUCGUCGUCAUCUACGACACCAAGCUGUCUGGGCACCCGAAUGCUCGCGGGCAUCUCCGCAUUAAUCAUUUCAGGGACCAGCACUACGACCGCAUGAUCAAAGGAUCGCUGGCUGCCCUGUGUCGCGACGAUCAGCCGGACGAUGAGAUGCCCUGGAACGUAAUCUACAACAUCUUCGACGGCGGAGUUCACGGCAACGAGCUGAAGUUCGGCAAGGCCUUCCAGGGCAAGGAUGGGAAGGCGCUCAAGAAGGAUAAGCGCAUCCUCUUCCUGCAGACCACCGAGAAGUCCUUGAAGGAGACUAAGGGCAACUACUCUGGUGUCUACGGGCUCCCCACGAUGGAGUUCGUUUUCCAGUUCAGCAAGGGCUCCGAGAUCCCCGAGAAGAAGAAGCUGUACAGCGAGGGCACCAACAAAGACCCAGUGAUUGGAAAGUUCGACAAACCAACGAAGACCGAUACGCUCACGUGGACGGUCAAGCACAGCGAUAAGCCGAGCUUGUACGGUUCGGCGUGGAUCCUGGCCGGAGGGGCAGUCGCCGGUGACGAUGCCAAAGCCGACCCUGGGCCGAAGGGCAAGGACAUGGUGCCGUUCAACUACCAUGGCAUGAACCCGCACGUCUACGACGAGGUCACCAGCGGCGUGAACGGCGUGGCCAACAUCGACCUCACGGGCUGCAACGGGGUGCACGCGAUGCACUCGCUGAUCAAGGACGUGCCGUACUUCGGAGUGUGCUACACUGAGGAGCAGAAGGUAUAG